CUGACUGAGGGAGAAGAAGGUCUUGCUGCAGAAUCAAGGCGCUCCUUCAUUUGCUUGCAUUUAUUUUGGAGACUUGGAGACACGUACCUGUCGAAAGAAAGCAGCCGGUAACGCACGCAAUUAAAUAACUUUCACCUCGUCUGGACAGUUGCGCAAAAUAAAAUACAUUUAAGACAAUAUCCACAUUUCAUAUGCAAGGGAUAUGUUUUUCUUCUCGAACAGCAUAAAAAAAAAAUUCCUGGGAAAUAUUUUUGACAGUUAUUUUUGCGCAUGUAUUCAUUUUGGAAACCGCUUGGCUAAACUUCUGCGCGCGCUCUUUUAACUACAGCAGGUGCUGAAGCCGCGCCAAACUGGAUUUCGAAUUAACGCUGUUUAUGUGGGGAAAAAAACGAGAAUGUGAGAGCGUCGCGCGCGCUGCAGUACCGCACUAUGAGCGCGUGAGUUAUUACACUGGAGAGGAAGCACAUCUCCACCUGAGAGAACAUUCACAACCACUGCUGAGAAAAACAAACUGAAGGAGGAAAAAAAGAAACGCAAUCACUUGACUGACAAAUGGAGAUUCACAAGUACCUGCUGUUGUUGAAGAUCACUGUUCUUCUCAAAGGUCUGUGUGAGUGUUUUAAUAUUGAUGUGAAGAGGCCACGGAUCUUUAGUGGGCCAGAAGAUGCUCUGUUCGGCUUCUCUGUGUUACAGCAUGAGAACAAUGGAGAAAAAUCAAUUCUGGUUGGUGCUCCAUGGGAUGGACCACAAAAUAACAAGAAGGGGGAUAUUUACAAGUGCAUUGUGGGAGAUGAGAUAAAUUCCAUUUGCUCAAAAGUUAACCUAGGUGAAAAUGCAUUUCAGAAUGUGUCUCGAAAUCUUAAAAACUCUCAUUUGGGGAUGACGCUGGCCCCAGCUGCUUCAGAUGGCUUCCUGGCCUGCGCUCCACUUUGGUCCCAGGAAUGUGGAACAUCUCUGUUCAGCACGGGAAUCUGUGCAUCUAUCACCAAUGACAUGGAGCCCAAGGACAUCAUUGCACCCACUGCACAAAGAUGCACCACAUACAUGGACAUAGUGAUUGUUUUAGAUGGUUCUAAUAGUAUCUAUCCCUGGUACGAGGUGCAGAACUUCCUUAGCAACAUUCUCAGCAAGUUCCACAUAAGUCCUGAGCAAAUGCAGGUAGGUGUCCUGCAGUACGGGGAGAUCUCGGUCCAUGAGUGGUCUCUCGGGGACUAUCAGACAACACAGGAUGUGGUUGAAGCUGCCAAGAACAUCAGUCGUCAGGAGGGACGGGAGACCCGCACUGCGUACGCCAUUCAGAUGGCCUGCACGGAGGCCUUUAGUCCAGACAGAGGAGCGAGGGAAGGGGCCACUAAAGUGAUGAUAGUCGUGACAGAUGGAGAGUCCCAUGAUGGCGAAGACCUUCCUGAGUCCCUGGCUGAAUGUGAGAAACGUAACAUCACCAGAUACGCCAUCGCUGUAUUAGGUCACUACAGCCGCAGACGGCAAGAUCCAGAGACAUUUAUCAGUGAAAUUAAGUACAUUGCCAGUGACCCAGAUGAGAAAUACUUCUUCAAUGUGACAGAUGAGGCUGCUCUAAAUGACAUUGUGGAUGCAUUGGGGGAUCGCAUUUUUAGUCUAGAGGGGACCCUGGGAUACAAUGAAAGUGCCUUUCUCAUGGAGAUGUCUCAGAUUGGUUUUUCGACACACAUUUUGGAUGAUGGCAUCUUGUUUGGCAUGGUGGGUGCAUAUGACUGGGAGGGAGGCGUCCUGAAGGAGAGCAAAGAAGGGCAGCUUAAGCCCUCAAGAGAGGCCUUUGAGAAAGAGUUCCCAUUGGAGCUGAAGAAUCAUGCAGCAUACCUAGGUUACACAGUUUCCUCAGUGGUUCUAGGUGACUGGAGGAGGCUGUAUGUUGCUGGUGCUCCUAGAUUCAAGCACAAAGGAAAGGUCAUCCUGUUUGACCUCACCCCUGAUGGUGAUGUCAUAAUCACACAGGCCAUAAAUGGAGAACAGAUUGGCUCAUAUUUUGGCAGUGAGGUGUGUGUGAUGGAUGUGGAUCAGGACGGAAUAACAGAUAUCCUGCUGAUAGCUGCUCCCAUGUUCCUGGGAGCAGGAAACAAAGAAACAGGCAAAGUCUAUGUCUACUGUUCGGAUGGGGAUGGUUUUGUCCCUAAUGGUACGCUACAUUCUCAGAAGAAAGCACAGGAUGCACGCUUUGGUUAUGCCAUGGCUGUAGCCCCUGACUUAAACCAUGAUGGAUUCGCUGACCUGCUUGUGGGAGCUCCACUAGAGGAUGACCACCAGGGAGCUCUUUACGUCUACCAUGGCGACGAAUACUACAUCAUAACUCAGUAUAAACAACGUAUCCUAGGAUCCUCUCUCUCUGCUGGGCUGCAGUAUUUUGGCCGUAGCCUGAGCGCUCUGCUGGAUCUGGAUGGGGAUGAGUUACUGGAUCUUGCUGUGGGAGCACAGGGCAAUGUCGUUCUGCUGAAGUCACGCAGUAUAGUGCAGAUCAACGUCAGCCUGUCUUUCCAGCCACACUCUAUAAACGUGAUACAGAAGAACUGCCACAGGGCUGGCCGAGACUCGGCAUGCCUUAACGCCACGGUUUGCUUUCUGGCCCUGUCUCACUCUCCUGGCUCUCACCGCACAUAUUUUGAUAUGCAGAUUGAGGCCAUGUUGGAUGACAGAAAAAUCUUGGCUCGUGCUCUGUUUGACUACAACUCCCAGCGGCAGACCCUAAUGGGCAUCAUUGUUCGUGUGGGGCAGACCAUGUGCUACACGCUACCAUUUCAUGUCUUUGAUACAGCUGAUUACAUCCAACCAAUCAGCUUCACUUUGCACUUCAAAAUCAAUGACACAGAGAGUGGACCAGUACUAGAUGAGGGCUGGCCAACAACAUUCAUGAAGUCUAUCCCAUUCUUCAAAGACUGUGGGGAGGACGAUGUGUGUGUAACUGAUCUGGUUUUGCAGGCCCAUAUGAACAUUUCUGGAACAAGGCAGCAACCGUAUGUUAUACGUGGCCCUCGGCAACGGCUUCCAGUAGAAGUGCAGCUACAAAACAGACUAGAAAAUGCCUACAACACUAGCCUCACUCUUCAUUACUCCAAAAAUCUGCACUUCAGCAGUUUGAGUAUAAGGGAAGACGCUCAGUUUAAGAUUGAGUGCACGGCUCUUAGCUCCAACAGUCAUUCCUGUAAUGUCAGUUACCCAGUGUUCCGCUUUCAGUCGAAGGUGAACUUCAUGUUGGAAUUUGAGUUCAGUUGUACGUCUCUCAUCAGUAAGGUCCAGAUGAAGCUUAAUGCUUCCAGUGACAGUGUGGAGAGAGAAGGCACACUUUCAGACAACAUUGUUCAGUUACAGAGUAUUGUACAGUAUGAGCCGGAUCUCUUCGUCACAAGUUCAUUUCACUACAGUGACUCCAACUUAAACCGCUAUGAGGUUCACCCGACUAGGACGCUGUCAGAGGGGACAGGACCCGAGUUCCACACACAUUUCAGGGUGCAGAAUCUGGGCUGCUUCUCUGUCAGUAAUCUGGAGCUGGUCGUCAAUUUUCCUGCCGUGGCUUCAGGAGACAGAGUUUUUGCAACUGUGGUGGAUGCUUUCUCUCUUAAUUCUUCAGGUGUGAACUGCAGUAUAAUCAGUGAUCUUUCUAAAUUAAAGUCCAGUCAGAGAGAUGUACGUCCAUUUCACCCAGAGGACAUGAAGAAAACUGAAUUAUUGAAUUGCAGUUCCUCUUGGUGUGUGGAGGUCGUGUGUCACAUCCAGCAGCUACUGAAGGGACAGACCUUGAUUCGCAUCACCAGAAGGAUACACGACAACUUCUUCAGACAGGCCAAGUUUAAAGCAGUGACAAUUGUGGGCUCUUACCAGCUGUCAGCUCGAGAGUCCAGUCUGAUUAAGAUGGGACACGCUGCCCUCUUGAGGGAGACGGUUUUGGAAGUGCUGAAGGGGCGUUCAAUCCCAAUCUCUCUCUGGAUUCUGAUUGGCAGCAUCAUUGGAGGAUUGCUGCUUCUUGCACUCUUAGUAUUUAUCCUUUGGAAGUUGGGGUUUUUCACAAGGAAACCGAGGACGGAUGAGGAUGAGAAUGAAGACAACUGACACUGCAGAGCAGAAUUUCCUUUACAUCCAGGAGAUAAUGCCUUUUGUAGCCAUUACUUCCCCUUUAGAGACAUGACACUUCUGCUCCAGGACCACAAACAAUCCAUCAUCAAGUCCAGGUGGAAUCUACAGACUUAUUCUUUUAUUUUCUUUGCUGAUUUUGGGGUAAAAUCUGCAGAAUGGAUUUAAACCUGAUGAAAUAUUUCGAAUGGAGCCGAGAGUGUAAAAAAGUGCCAAAGUAUUUAAUAAAUGGAUAUGCAAAGGUGUGCAUGUUGUGUAAAGCUUUGAGAUUGAUGGGUGUAUCAGUUCUUGCAGGUCAGUUGGGUCACCUAGCGUUUUGAUUUGGAAUCUGUUGAGGCACAAAAAAGCACAUGAAUCCCAGUGUACUG